AUCCACCUAAAUAUCAACAAUUGAGUGCACUAUUAUCUUAUACCUUUUAGUUAUCAAAUAUUAACGAUGAUUCAUUAUUAGAGUAAAUUUUGCAGAAAUAUUUAAAUAUACGGGAUUAUUUACUGCACAUGCGUCGUUUUAUCGACUAAUCAAACAAGUUAGGUUAGGCUGGUCGAAAGCAAAAAUGAGUGAUCUAAGUAGUAGUGAAGAAGAAAAUGAUUCCGGCUAUGUUUUGUUCAAGGAUCGAACAGAAUGGAAAGAUGUUGUGCCCAUCAAACAAGAUGAUGAAGAUCAGAUUGUCGCAAUUCAUUAUACAGAAAAAUUUGAAGACGCACAUAACUAUUUACGUGCCUUGUUGAAAACCGGAGAGAAAUCCGAAAGGGCACUAGAAUUAACCACAGUAGUUGCCAAUGAAAAUCCAGCAAAUUAUACUGUGUGGCAGUAUAGGAGGGAUAUUUUACAAGAAUUAAAAAAAGAUCUUCAUGAAGAAUUGAACUAUAUUGACAAAUUUAUAUUAAAAAAGUCCAAGAAUUAUCAAAUAUGGCAUCACAGAAGACUUCUUGUUGAAUGGCUUAAUGAUCCAUCAAAAGAAAACUAUUUCACUGCCAAAGUAUUAAGUAAAGAUGCAAAGAACUAUCAUGCUUGGCAACAUAGACAGUGGUACAUGAGACAUUUCAAUCUCUUUGAUAAUGAAUUGGAAUACGUGGACAGUCUUUUAAAUGAAGAUGUACGUAACAAUUCUGCUUGGAAUCAAAGAUAUUUUGUUAUAAACAACACUACAGGUUUCACACAGGAAGUUUUGGAUUCUGAAAUAAAAUACACUCUUGAAAGAAUAAAGGAAGUAGUAGAAAAUGAAAGUGCUUGGAAUUAUUUAAGAGGUUUAUUACUUCAUGAUAAGGAGGGACUUAGUAAAAACAAGACUGUUACCACAUUUUGUGAAGAACUUUAUGCUGCCAACAACCAUUCACCCUUCCUUUUGUCAUUAAUUGUUGAUAUGUGUUAUGAACAAGUCCAGCAAGGUGGUGGUGAUUCUGUUUACACUCUUGAAAGGGCAUUGAAAUUGUGCAGUGAUCUUGAACAAAAGUAUGAUAAAAUUAGAGCUAAAUAUUGGCAACACAUGGCAGAAACCAUGCAGAAAAUACACAAGGAAGAAUCAAAUGCUGGAGAGGCUGCUUCUUCAACUUCAUAAUUGUAAUUUGUAUGCAAAAUGUUUUGUGUUGUAAAUGAAUAUUUCAUAAGCUUUAGGUUUGAAAUAAACCUUUUAUGUA